AUGCGGCUUGGGCUGUGUGUGGUGGCCCUGGUUCUGAGCUGGAUGCAUCUCGUUGCCGGCAGCCGGGGGAUCAAGGGGAAGAGGCAGAGGCGGAUCAGUGCCGAGGGGAGCCAGGCCUGUGCCAAAGGUUGUGAGCUCUGCUCUGAGGUCAACGGCUGCCUCAAGUGCUCGCCCAAGCUGUUCAUCCUGCUGGAGAGGAACGACAUUCGCCAGGUGGGCGUCUGCUUGCCUUCCUGCCCGCCUGGAUACUUCGAUGCCCGCAACCCCGACAUGAACAAGUGCAUCAAGUGCAAGAUUGAGCACUGUGAGGCCUGCUUCAGCCACAACUUCUGCACCAAGUGUAAGGAGAACUUGUACCUGCACAAGGGCCGCUGCUAUCCGGCCUGUCCUGAGGGCUCGGCGGCGGCGAACGGCACCAUGGAGUGCAGCAGUCCUGCACAAUGUGAAAUGAGUGAGUGGUCCUUGUGGGGGCCGUGCUCCAAGAAGAAGAGGCUCUGUGGCUUCCGGAGGGGCUCUGAGGAGCGGACUCGAAGGGUGCUCCAUGCCCCUGGUGGGGACCACGCCGUCUGCUCUGACACCAAGGAGACCCGCAGGUGCACAGUGCGGAGGACGCCCUGUCCCGAGGGACAGAAGAGGAGGAAAGGGGGCCGGGGGGAGAACGCCAACAGGAACCUGAGCAGGAAGGAGAGCAAGGAGGUGGGUGCCGGCGCUCGGAGACGCAAGGGCCAGCAACAGUCGCAGCACCAAGGGACAGUGGGGCCGGUCACACCUGCGGGGCCCACCUAG